AUGUCGAAUACAAAUGAAGCAAUGAAUGAAAAUGAUGAAGUAUGUGGUGCUCUAACAAUACUUGUUCUAAGAUAUUGCUGGAAAGCCGAAACGAAUAAAAAAACAACAACAGUAGUAACAGAUAAAGAAACUACAACAAUUACAAAAAGAGCUACAUCAACAAUCUCGACACCACCACAAACAGGGCCAUGUGAAGUGAAAUUUGAAACACAAAAUAAGUACUCAACUGGCUCUAACUCAGAACCAGCCUUUGUAUUGCUCACUGAUAUCAACGACGACAACAGACCGGAUAUAAUUGUGGCUAAUGAAUAUGCAUACAACGUUGGUAUUUUCCUCAACGAUCAAGGUAGUUUCUCUUCUCAACAUGUAACUUAUUCAACUGGACUUGGAUCAUAUCCACAAUAUAUAUCAGUCGUUGACGUCAAUAAUGACAGCAAACCAGAUAUUAUUGUUGCAAACAAUGCAGGAAAUAAUGUUGGUGUUUUGAUCAACAAGGGGUCUGGUCAAUUUAACACCAUGCAAGUUUAUCCCACAGGAGCCGAAACAUAUCCACCAGCAGUUGCAGUGGCUGAUAUUAAUAGCGAUAACAAACCCGAUAUUAUCGUGACAAACCGAAAUACGAAUACUAUCGGUGUUUUCCUAAACAGUGGUCAUGGUCAAUUCUCGUCUCAACAACUUUACCAGGUUCCAUCUGGUUUCGGUGUGAUGUGUCCGCAAGUAGUGGAUGUCAACGGCGAUACUCAUCCUGAUAUUAUUGUCGCAAACUCUGGUGGAGCUAGUAUCGGCAUUUUCUUUAAUACCGGUUAUGGAAUAUUUAUUAAUUGGACAACAUUUUCAACUGGAAUCGAUUCACAACCAAAAUAUGUGUCUGUGGUUGAUGUCAACGGUGAUAAUAAACCUGAUCUUAUUGUAGGUAAUUUUAAAACGAGCAAUGUUGGCGUUCUUCUCAAUGCUGGCAAUGGUAGAUUUCUUAAUCAAACAAUAUAUUCAACUGGACCCAACUCAGAACCACGAUCGGUGUUUGUGGCUGAUAUAAAUUGCGACUAUAUACCUGACAUCAUCGUUGUCAACUCUAAUGAACAGAACAUUGGUAUUUUUCUUAACUUUGGCAAUGGUACAUUUCAGCCUCAAACAACGUAUGCAACAGGGAAUCACACAAAACCAUGGUCUGUAGCAGUGGGUAACAUUAAUGAUGACAACAAACCGGACAUUAUUUUUUCAGAUAUUUAUUAUAGCCAGAUUGGUAUCUUAAUACGUUCUUGA